GCUGCUGCUACGUGGAUCCUCCUCAUCGCGCAGGGUCUCAGUGGCAUGGCAAUAGGCUUUCAAGCGACAGAGAAUCAAGUAUGGUACAUGCUGUUCAUAAUUUUCGCGCCAUACGCAAUGUUGCCCCUUUCGUUAGGCUGGUGCAUCGUCAUCGGUCUACUGACGUCAAUUUCUCACGUACUGGCAACAGCUGUGGAGAUCAAAGCCAAUGUGCCAAAUCCUAGCAAGCCGUAUUUGACACCAUCGUGCGGCAUUCGUUUGCUAGUGAGUAACGCGCUGCUGUAUACAGCUGUCAACUUUGCCGGCAUGUACGCAAAAUAUCUGGCCGACUGGGGACAGAGAAAGGCGUUUCUAGAAACACACAGAUCCAUGGUCACCCGGCAUAGAACAAAGAGGGAGAGCGACAGACAAUGGAAACUAUUUCAGAGCGUAAUACCAGAUUUCCUGGCAAAAGAGAUAUACAAUCAUGUGGCGCGAGUCAAGGGCGAGUUUCAAGAACAACAAUUCAACAAUUUGUACAUACAAAGGCAUCAAGAUGUGUCUAUACUUUAUGCUGAUAUCAAGGGAUUCACAGAAUUAUCAAGUAAAUGUAGCGCACAAGAAUUAGUGAAAUUAUUGAAUGAAUUGUUCGCUCGAUUCGACAGAUUGGCAUCGGAGAACCAUUGCCUUCGAAUAAAGCUAUUAGGCGAUUGUUACUUCUGCGUAAGCGGCCUUCCAGAUAGAAGGGAUGACCACGCAUUUUGCUGUGUGAACAUGGGCUUGCACAUGAUCAGAGCUAUCAGAGACGUGCGAUAUAAUGCUCAGGUGGACUUAGAUAUGAGGAUAGGCAUUCACAGCGGCACUGUACUGUGCGGCGUAUUGGGUCUUCUCAAAUGGCAGUUUGAUCUUUGGUCUCAUGACGUCACAGUUGCUAAUCACAUGGAGAGUGGAGGUUUACCAGGGCGCGUGCAUAUUUCAGCGGCGACCUUCGAAUGCCUGAAUGGCACUUUUGAAGUCGAGCCAGGAGAAGGUGGCACAAGGAAUCCUUACAUUAGAGAGCAAAACUUGACCACCUAUCUCAUACGCACCACCGAACAACCCAGGAGAACAAGACAUCGAUCUAAAUUAAACAUACACACGACGACGCAGCAAAUCAUAGAGUCGGUUCCCCGCCGACCGAGCAGCAGUAUAGAAGACGAGAUGACUGUAGACUGGACACCAGAGAUGCCUUUUCAAAAUUAUUAUUCAAGUGGAGCAGCGGGGGUAGUUCGCUGCCGGCGCCCGCGCCGUAGCCUUGAUGUCGAACAUGGUCAAGAUAACGAAGAUGUGUCUGCUAUAUCUGAUGAGGAUGACGUAAUAAACAACAUCGAAGUAAGCAGCAAUCGUCGCAUGCGCAUCGACAAUAUGGGCAUGUUAUCAUUGCGAUUCCGGCGGAAGUCAUACGAGCAGCGCUUCGGUGAACUCGACGAGCGCACCUUCAAGUCCAACGUAAUGUGCUGCUUGGUACUCUGGCUUUUCAUCACCGCUGUGCAGUAUGUAAUGCAUUUCAACUGCCAUAAAUUAGUGAUAGCACUUCUACUGAUGACGGUGCCAUUAUCCCUCUCCUUCAUGGUGGUAAUGUUUGAGGAGUUCCCCGAGGCGCUCCCGCGGCUUGCAAAGAUCUCGGCCUGGGUCAGCGGCAGCCGAACACGACGGACAAUUCACAUUUGCUCCUACAUCACCAUUAUGUCAUUUUCUAGUACAUUGAAACUAUACUUAUGUGAGUCCUCAUUUCCAAAAUGCUACAACGAGACUGAUCGUCUAGAUAUCAAUGAGACAUUUGAGAAUUACACUGUUACUAGCCAGAUCGAAGAAUGCUACAAACCUGAAUACGUCGUUUUAACUUGGAUUUUAUGUCUUGUGGCUCUAACGUCGAUCGUCAAACUGUACUAUUUGAUAAAAACCUGUUUGGCAAUAACAAAUGUCGCUAUGUUCUUAAUACUGCUCCUUCACUAUUACGACGAGAAGGUCUAUGAUUCAAAUAACGGAACAAUAACAUAUUUCAGUGAUUUGCCGUUCUACGUACAAAUGCUAAUACUAAUGCUAAUGUUCCUCGUGAUGGUGAUCUAUCAAGCUCGUCUAAUAGAAGUGACAGCACGGCUAGACUUCUUAUGGAAACUGCAGGCUGAGACGGAUUUGGAAGAGAUGAAAGACACACAGAAAACAAACAGACAUUUGCUCAAACAUAUAUUACCCGAUCAUGUUAUUAAUCAUUUUUUAAGCAAGGAACGAUGUCCUGAUGAGCUAUAUUCCCAAUGGCGAGAUGAAGUAGGAGUUAUGUUCGCAGGCAUUCCGAAUUUCCACGAAUUCUACUCGGAACAAAAGGCCGUGGACUGCAUGCGGCUGCUCAACGAAAUCAUUUUCGAUUUUGAUAAGCUAUUAAUGCAGCCUCGGUUCAAAGCCAUCGAGAAAAUUAAGACCAUUGGCGCUACGUACAUGGCGGCUUCUGGGUUAAACCCCAAUCAUAAUACUGGUGAAGAUGAUAGCGAACACCUAUGUGCUCUGGUUGACUACGCCUUUGCGUUAAAAGAGGCAUUAGAAGACAUCAACACGCAUAGUUUUAAUAAAUUCCGCCUUAGAGUAGGUAUAAGUUGCGGGCCAUUGGUCGGCGGUGUAAUCGGGGCUAGGAAGCCAGUAUACGACAUCUGGGGCAACACGGUGAAUGAAGCAUCGCGUAUGGAGAGUACCGGCGCAAUGGGCAUGAUACAAGUCACCAAGUACACAAAACAGCUCCUGGACCGUCGCGGCUAUGAGCUUGAAGCUCGCGGGGCCGUAGAGGUUAAAGGCAAAGGCCGUAUGGAGACGUGGUGGGUGGUGAGGCAGCGAGGCGCCGAGGGCCGUGGUCCCGCGCCCACCUACGCUGCACCGCGCUCUUUGGCCGCUGUGGUCUACACCAUGCUGCAGGCCAGAAAGAGGAUAUAUACGCACCCGCUAGAUGGUGCUACUUGUGUACAACCUAAACGCGGUGGCAGUAUGCACAGUGCCAUACCUUCAAGACAACGAUCAACGGAGCUGCGACGCACCAGGUCUAGGCGAGCAGAAACCAGUUAUUUCCCCAGACAAGACUACGAGAUGGGCAUCCGCCCACAUGCGGCCAGCAUGGUGAUCCGUCGGCCGGACGUGGCUCUUUCAGUCCUGGGGUCAAUAUCGGCACCACAUACGCCCACCGCACCUCACUCCUCGCCCGAAACGCCAUUUGGACCUCCACCGAAAUUGGGAAUUGGAGCCAGAUUAAAAGCCGCCAGUUUCUCGUACAGAACCCGACCGCAUAGGGACCGGUCGCCAAAGAUAAGAGAACAACCUAACGAAGGGUCACGGUCAUCAAUAUCGAACGGCGCGCCUGGCUCUUUCCGUUUCCGGUCGAUCACCACAGGAUCCUUCUUCCGUAGCCGAAGCCGAGACAAGCAGCUGGAACCGCCUCCGCAACAUCAGAGUAACGGAGACAUGAUCACAACUAGAAUGUGA